CAGAGCACAGCGGCGGCGCAUUACUACACCUCAAUCUGCGGUCGGUUGGUCAGUCACUCGCUCACUCACUCACUCAUACACACGCACAAGAACAGAUCCUGCGUUUAUACGCCAACAAAUAAAACAAAACCAGCUCUCUGCAGUUGAUUUUACACACAUUAAUCGGACGGGCAUUACUUAACGAUGGCAGAUCAGCUGACCGAGGAACAGAUUGCCGUAUACUGUUGGUAGAAUGCAAAUUUUCUUUAUGCAUGGAGUGCCAAGAUGACCUACUUGCCAAAGAGUGCAAAGAGGAGUUCAAGGAGGCGUUCUCACUCUUCGACAAAGAUGGCGAUGGCACCAUUACCACCAAAGAGUUGGGCACAGUGAUGCGCUCAUUGGGUCAGAACCCCACUGAGGCUGAGCUCCAGGACAUGAUCAACGAGGUCGACGCUGAUGGCAAUGGAACUAUAGACUUCCCAGAGUUCCUAACCAUGAUGGCGAGGAAAAUGAAGGACACGGACAGUGAAGAGGAAAUACGAGAAGCUUUCAGAGUCUUUGACAAGGAUGGAAACGGCUACAUCAGUGCAGCCGAGCUCCGUCACGUCAUGACCAAUCUGGGCGAGAAGUUGACAGAUGAGGAAGUGGAUGAGAUGAUCCGAGAGGCAGAUAUCGAUGGAGACGGUCAAGUCAACUAUGAAGAGUUUGUCCAGAUGAUGACUGCAAAGUGAAGGAUUGUCUUAUCCUGUAUCUCUCUUUCUCUCUUACAUUGCUUGUCCUACUAAGAUCACUCUGUCUUUAAAAAGAAAAAAAAUCUAAAGUUUACUUCAGAGAGUAUUGGAAUGUCAAAUUCUGUGAUCUCUUACCAAAAAAACAAACAAAACAAAAUUUAGAAGCAAUUUGUGAAAUAUACUAGCAGAAUUGUCCCAGCAGAAGUGAAUGGACCAAGCAUAACUGCAUGAGCCCUUUUGGAGCAAACGUCUCCAGACCUGACAAAAAUUUUGAGGACAGAACGUCACUUUAGUCGCACACGAGUUGAAGUCCAUGCCUAGAACGGCAGCGUUUAAAAUGCAGAGGACAUCUCCUUUCAUGAGUGUUCUUUCAUCGCUCCAAAAUAGAGUAAAUAAAAAAAAAAAAAAAAAACUAUAAUAAUAAUGCUAAAACAUUGUGGUAAUUAGUCCAGGGUCACAGUGCUGCCUUUAAUACAAACUGAGCGAAACUUUUGCGUGUGAUCCCUGUGGUGAAGCCAUGCUUUUGUGUAUUGCCUUCUCCUUUUAAAGACUCCAAACGGAACGGAAACUGGAUGCUUAUGAAGACGUACAUAUUGUAAAAACCCGACGUCAUACUCAUAAUCUGCGGUUUAAUGGCGCCGUACGACUUGAAGAGUGUCUUUAUGGGCUAUAAGCCAUGUACUUGGUUGCCAGUGGUUCUCGUCAGCUGGUUUAAACCUUUAUUUUUAAUGUGGGUUUUGUCUCUGAUGACUUCAAACUUUGUGGGAGCGUUGAGAUGCAAAGUAUGUACAGCAGAAUGGAAAUGUGACAGAAUAACGCAAAUAGCAUAACUGUAAAAAUUAUAUAGUUGCAUAGAUAAUCAGUGUUAUGCUUUAUAAAUGUACUGUUCUGCAAUAUUAACGUCUGGUAAACUUUGCAUUGCUUAUUGUUAUUCUAGUUAGGUCUGUGACUUUUGUUUGAUCCAUGGUCUUGAAAUGUGCCAUAAUACUCGUAAACCUCAACUUUCUUGCAAGAGGUCUUGUAGUCAACUAAGAAGUAUGUUACCAAUCUAUGAAUAUACACACACAAAUAUAUAUAUAUAUUUGCACUUUGGUGUAGAUUAUACAUUCAACCACAGAAGAGGAACCUGCUGCUGCUGCUUUUACGGCUCAUAUGUCUCCUGCUCUUGUGGGUUUGUCACACCUCUUGUUGUCAAGUGCUCCAAAUUUCAUUUGCGCACCGCUUGCAAGACGACCGAUAAAGGUGAAACUGUCGAACAGGGGUUAUUUUGAGGGGGGGAUAGACGAUGUAUUGAAUUGUGUCGCUAGUAAGACCAUGAAGGGCUUGUUAUUGGUCUCAUAAUUGUUUUUUUCUAGCCAAACCGUAUUACUCUUGUGGAAGAGCUUUACAUAGCAUAUCUUACUCUUUUCUGGACUGUCUUGAGAGUUUCGUGUUGGCAGGGUUAGAAAAUGAGCGACAGGACGUGGGAAUACUCAACUUGUGAAAUCUGUAUGGAUAAUAUGUGAAGUAUGUAUCAGUGUUUUCCAAUAAAAAUAAAUGUAUAUGUUUAUGCAUACA